UUCUAUUCUUAACUCAGCUAUUUUUUCGGUAGCCAGAAGAGGGAGACAAAAACAAUGCUGACAUUUAUUGAGUGAAUGUUGUUCAUUUAUAUCACAGAGUUAAUUUCUUCCUCAUGCCUCAUGGUGAGCCCGGAACAGGGAAAUCAAACGUCCAUCACAGAAUUCAUCCUCUUGGGAUUUGGGACUCUCCCUGAACUGCAAAUCCUUCUUUUCCUGCUAUUUCUCGUGAUCUACAUUGCAACCAUGGCCGGGAACAUCCUCAUCGUGACCUUAGUUGUGACUCAUCAGCACCUUCACACCCCCAUGUACUUCUUCCUGGGAAACUUGUCCUGCUUGGAGACCUUCUACACUUCGACCCUCCUGCCCAGGAUGCUGGCCAGUCUCCUGACUGAGGACAGGACUGUUUCAUUUAGUGGGUGUCUCACACAAUAUUAUUUCUUUGGUUCUCUGGCAGGUACAGAAUGCCUUCUCUUAUCGGUGAUGUCUUAUGAUCGGUAUUUAGCGAUAUGCAAUCCAAUGCACUAUGCAGCCCGUAUGAGUGGCAGGGCCUGGAUCCAGCUCGCAGGUGCUUCUUGGAUAGGUGGCUUCCUAGGUAAUGGCAUAACAACGUUCUCAGUAUCACAGUUAACUUUCUGUGGCCUCAAUGAUAUUAACCAUUUCUUUUGCGAUCUUAUCCCCCUGAUAAAUCUCUCCUGUAAUGAUCCUCACCUGAUGGAAAUGUUGGCUUUCACACUCAUCUUGAUUUUCUCACUGCUCCCAUUCCUAUUUACCUUGAUGUCCUACAUCUGCAUCAUUGCGACCAUCCUGAGAAUCCCUUCCACCACCGGGAGGCAAAAGGCCUUUUCCACCUGCUCUUCCCACCUCAUUGUGGUGACCAUUUUUUAUGGAACUCUGAUAACUGUCUAUAUGUUCCCAACGACCAACACACUGAGUGACUUCAAGAAAGUUAUCUCUGUCUUCUACACUGUCCUGACUCCCCUGGUCAAUCCCAUCAUCUACAGCCUGAGAAAUAAAGAGGUCAAGGUGGCCCUGAUGAAAACUUGGAGGAAAUGCAGCUUUUGA